AAAGAACUCUCGAGAGCUUAAAAUUAAAUAGCUAGGGAGGGAAAUUGUUGUCAAUUGUGCAGACGGGCAACCAGCAAACGGGCAGUACAAGAGGUGGGGAAUGGCCGCCCUUGAACAGCUUGUCUUGUGCAGAAAAGGGUGGACUUUGUCAAGUCUCCAGGUCACAAUGAAAGUUCCAAGAUAGGUAUGUGAUUCUGCGGACGACAUUGACUAUGCAAUUGUGACUUGCUCUGCCCCGCGUGGGUAUGUCCUGCUUGGACGAGAACCUACCUUGGGCGCGGGCCAGAGACCACAAGAAUGGACCAGACUUUGCACCAGAUUGGCAGCCUGGUCUUGUUCCAGAUCAGAACACUCUGCGUCUCAACUGUUUUGAGCUUGAAAUUGGGGUUCCAGGUCCUUGCAAGUUGGUUAACCAGGUUGUAUACCGAACUUUGCAAUAGUGAUCAUAAGCAACGUGGGGGCACCAAAAAGGAUGAUGCUAUUGGGUCAGAGGCACAGGACUGGGUUGUGAUCGGCAAUGCUGAGAGGAAGGAAGCGCAAUCAAAAGCUGGCAAACGGAAAAAGAAACCAAGCGCUCAAACCACCACGCCCGACCUUGCCACUCCCGCCAGCUCGUCGCUAGCCGCUGACAGGUCCCCAUCUGGAAACGAGUCAUCUUGUAAACGCGAUUCAACAGCCAGACAGCCGUCUCAAUCCAAAGGCGCAUCACCAUCCGAAAGCUUGUGCCUGUACGAAGGAAUAGUUCGGCAUCACCGAGUCCACCCCGUCAGUCACUUCUUCCAGUACACCGUCCGAUACGCCCUGGUCAACCUGGACGAUUGUCCAGAGUGGUUCCAGAAGUCGUCCGCCGACCUGCACAUGAGCGCGGCUGAGGCGCGGGAAUACGCUGGGUCGAGUGGUGCUGUCUGGUUACUAACCAACCCGGUCAGCGUGGGUUACGAGCAGAACCCGAUCAGCGUGUACUACUGCUACGAGGAUCGGGAUGCGCCCCCAUCCGGCCUGGCGAUCUGCAUUGCCGAGGUAACAAACACUCCGUGGGGAGAGCGAGUCCUCUUUACAUUCGAUCCGAACGGCGACCUUGUCCCCAAGCCACUGCACGUCAGCCCGUUUAUGGACAUGUCGAGCUCCUGGACCAUAAGAGCAUCCCCCCCGGGCGAGAAACUCGAGCUGACGUUCAUCGCGAAGCACCCCGACCUCGGUCCGUACUUCACGGCCUCGCUGCAAGCCACGAAAGUCACUCGAGAGGUUAGACACCCGGAGGCGUUCCUCUGGCUGAUGCCACACAAAACGGCGCUCUGGAUCUACUGGCAAGCCUUUUGGCUAUGGUGGAAAGGUGUCGAGCCUGUUUCGCAUCCGAAGUACGUUAACGGAUCGGAGUAUCAAAUACAGGUGCUGGAUAGAGCGAAGAAAGAGGAGGGGUUGGAUAGAGGGGCGGCCGUUAGGAAGGAGGCCCUUCGAUCGUCUGGACUCUCAUGCCCGGUCUUCAAGUGGAGAAGUGCGGGAGGGCCCCCGUGGCUCUGACGGGGUUGGCGAAUAGUCAGUCCGUGUAUAUUUACAAGUCACUGAGAGUUCCUGGGGUCGAUUGAAACUCGGAAUUACCUGACCAGGGUUAAGGCCUGUCGUCGCACACCUUUAUUCGAUUGAAAGGUUAGUCCGUCAUCUACGCUUCAUAACAUUUGAUAACUCGUGCAUAUUGACGGCUGCCGGGCCCUUGACGACAGACUACGACGCUCCAGCCUCAGCUGACGAUAUUGAUGCCGGCAUGCUAUGGACGUAGUCACGGUAGUGCACGUAGGCCGUCGUGCGUGGCCCACGAGGCUAGUAUUAGUUCC